AUGAAAGGAUCGCUCUCCUGUGUGGAGAUUGUAUUGUUCUUUUUAUGGACACAUUUACACUCGCCACCACGACCGAUGCAUCUCGCCAGGCUCCCAACAUACUCUCGAGCUUUAGCACAAAUAUCAAAACAGGCGGCUCAAGGGCGGUUCAAACAACAUGUCGGUGAUGUGCGUUUCUUCCGGACCUCUCCGCCAGCCGCAGUGAAGCAAAUGCCUCCUCGCCCUACAAUAGACGACUCAGAAAUAUCCGGAAGCUAUCUCAAAGGAUCAGGCCCUGGAGGCCAAAAAAUUAACGAAUACUUCAACAAGAAGAAAUACCCCAUUCUCUACUCUAAAUUGAUAAUACACGAACACCCGUAUUCCGCGGAAGAUAAAUGUCAGAACAAAACUAAUUCCGCCGUUCAACUCAUCCAUAUACCGACAAACACCGUGGUGAAAUGUCAAGCCACUCGCUCCCAGUCACAGAACCGGAAAAUUGCCAAGCAGAUCCUAGCUGAGAAAGUAGAAUUACUUGAAAAAGGAGACCAGAGCCGUGCAGCAAUCGUAACUAAUGUGAAGAAGAAGCGGAAGGCGAGUAAGAUGAAGAAGAGUAGGAGGAAAUAUCGGGCCUUGGAAGAGGAGAAAAGGAAGAAGCAAAUAGAAGCAGGAUUAGAGGAAAACGUUUGUGAGAACGAAAUAGAUGGCACGUGUGAGACGGGUAUAAUGGAAAAGAACGACAUUAAAAUUGUUACGGAGGAAAAGUGA